UGCUGCUUUGUUUGGCCGCCUUAUCCCCAUGGCCACCGUUACCGUUGCCGUUGCCGUUGCCGUUACCGUUCCGGUUACCGUUAUGGUAACCGUCACCGUCACCGUUCAGGCGGUGUUCUCCGUACUGGAAGAGCAACCCAGCGUCUUCGUAGAGUGCCUCAAGGAGGUCGACCAAAGAAUUGACCUCUGGAUGCUCUGGGAGUGCGUCGGACACCGGGUUCACGAGUUGUUCGUGGAGCACCUGAACAAGACGAAGGUCAACGUGAUCGGUGCAUUUGUCUUGGCCAACGACGUCAACCGCCCGCCUACAGCGAUGGAGGUGUUGGGGAGGUUUGGGUGCGACGGGGUAACCUCGGCGGCGGGGCAGCUGCGGGAGAUAGCCAACCUCUACGUCCUGCCACCGGAAAACCUGCUAUCGCUGAUGGAGCAGGGAAGGCUAGCGGAAAUGGGCAAGGAGGUCUCUCUACUCUAG